AUGUCCUGGAAAACUGGCUUGGCGACCUGGUACCAUCUUAGAGCCACGGGGCGUUAGCGUUAGGAAUAUUGAUGUUUCAUUAGUCUGUCUCGUGUUGGGGGGUGCGAAAAUUCAUCGUACUCGUUUUUCUCGCCGCGCCCGACCGACAAUCUCGAGGCCGUUCGUUCUGGCGGUUUCUACGCGCCGUUACUAGAAAGUCGAAGCCUCGUGCUGGCAAAAAACCUUCAAGUAGAUGGCGAAUUCCGGUUCACGUAUUGACGUGGCACACGGGGCUUCGCCGCCCACGAGCCACGUGGCAGCAUGGCAGCAGGGGCGAGCGAGGCAACAUCAACAGCAACAGCAGCACCAGCAGAACCAGCACCAGCAGCAGUCGGAGAUUAAGAAGCUUCCUCUCGUCGACGAAUCAGGCCGCCUCAACAUUGAGCUGCACGGGUAUCCGAAGCUGAACGUGUACUUUGUGGACCUCUUUCACACGCUGGUCAACAUGCCUCUAAAGCGCUUCUCAGUCGUCCUCGUGGCGGCCUAUGCUGCUCUCUUCGUUGCAUUUGCCAUCCCAUUUCUUGCCUUUGCUCGAGUGGACGGUCUUGACUGUCUGCCAGGAGUCAAGCGGCUGGACCAUGCCGUGUGGUUUACCGUUCAGUCUUCCAUGUCAAUUGGGUUCGGUGGAGACCUCACACCCCACCCGGACUGCUUUGUGGUCAACUCCCUUGUGGCUGUGCUCUCUGUGGUCACUCUAGGCUUCGCCUAUGCGCUGCUCGGUGUCUUCUAUGUCAAGUUCUCCCGCCCCACUCGGCGUGCCGGCACCAUCAAGUUCAGCCAAUACAUGGUCAUGUACGAGGAGUUUGGUCAGCUGCGCCUCGCCUUCCGAGUGGCUGAUUUCAGGAAGCAUCAAAUCAUAUCUGCGCACGUGCGCAUGCUAGCCGCUCUAAACAACAACAUCUUAGCACACGAGGACGAGUCAGUCUUCAAGUUCUCCCAGCUGCCUGUGGCUGGCGGCAGUCAGAUCUACCUGGGGCUGCCCUGCACUGUCACUCACGCCAUCACUCAUGGCAGCCCGUUAUACGGCUUGUCGCACUCGAUGAUGGAGCGGUCAGACCUGGAGAUCCUGGUGCUGCUGGAGGCUGUGGACUGCUCCACCUCUGCCACCCUGCAAGUGCGCCAUUCCUACCGCCCCUGCGACAUCAAGCACAACUACCGCUUUGUGAAGAUGGUGUAUCGAGCUGCCAACGGCCGGCGCUGUGUGGACUUCUCUCUGUUUGAAGCAGUGGUCUCCGCCUCAGACCCCUCGGCCCAACCCCUGCAUCCCCCCUCCCUCACUCGCCCCUCCUCCUUCCUCUCCCUCCUCAACCUGGCUGCUGGCCCCUCCUCCUCCUCCGUUGCUGUUGCUCCUGCAGCCACCCCAAUUUCUAAUGCACCUGCAGCUGUCGCACCAUCUCCUGUUCUCGCUGCUACCACACCUUCCCCUGCUGCUGCUGCUGCUGCCACUCCUGCCCCUGUUCCUGCCGUUAUCACGCCAACUUCCACAGCUUCUGCUCCUGCACCGCCCCCUCUUGCUACUGCCUCUCCUCAUCCUCCCACCAAUCCACUGCCAGCAGUCGCUGCUCGCAGCGCAAAACCCGCAACUGCAGCUGCCACACCUGCUGCUGCUGCUCCUCCCCCCUCAAUCUUUCUCCCGAUCUCUCAACCCCAACCUUCAAACCCAUCCCCUUCCAUCACUCCGCUGCCCCUCCCCUCCCUACUCCCCCCCUCCCCCCACCACCGCUUCCCUCCCACCACUCCCCUCUCCCCUGCUACCAUGCCCCUUGUCCCUUUCCCCCCUCCACUCGCUGCGGCUCAUGGCCCCACCCCUUAUGGCCCCACACCUCAUGGUCCCACCCCUCAUUCCGCCACCUCUCGUGCCGUUGGUGCUGGUGACAGUAGUGAGGGUGGUAACAGUAGCAGUGGUGGCAGUAGUGAGGGUGGUAACAGUAGCAGUGGUGGCAGUGGUGGCAGUGGUGGCGGUGGUGGCAGUGGUGGCAGUGGCAGCACUGGUGGGGGUGUUGUUUUGUCCGCUAUUGCUGGUCCUGUACCUGUACCUGCUGCCUCUGUGUCCCCGUUCCCAGCGGCAGCAGUGGCAAUUGACUGCACAGCAGCACAAAGCAGACAACAACCGCAGUCUCUUGCCGUGCUGCCACAGUCACAGCCCCAACCGUACCUGCUCAGUACAUCCCCGUCUGUUGACUUCCCUGCUGCUACCUCCCUAAGCACUUGGAUUCACGGGUGUGGUCUUCCCGACGUGCAUGCUGCUGGUUCUGCUAGCAGUGUUGGUCCUGCUGCUGCUGCUGCUGCUGCUGCUGCUGCUGCUGCUGUCCCUGCAACUUCAGGCAGCUCGCCUGCCACAACUGAUUUCGGGAAGCAGACAACAGAAAGCAGGAGGGAGGGAGUGGAGAGUUUCGGAACAUCAGCGGUGCAUGGGGCACACGAGGAGCCCAGUGAAACUGGGCCAGAAGAUGGAUCCGAGGGAGAUAUCCGAGGGGAAGGGGGAGAAGGGGGAGAAGGGGAAGAAGGGAGUUCUGGAGAAGAUGCUGAAGAAGCGGAUGAGGAGGAGGAGUUGAAAAUGAUGGAGGUGGACUAUGAGAAGCAGGUGCAGCAGGCAGAAGAGAGAGCCCUCUGGUGGCGCCAUGCAGCCAUUGAGCUCUCCUCCCGCAUUCUGCACUGCACCGCUCUGCACGCCGCUGCACCCGAAGCCCCUGUUACCACUCCCCAAGCUGAUGAGCCUUCUGAGGACCUUGCUUCCGGUGCUGAGGGCAGCGGUGGUUUCGAAAUGUCGGACUUGCUGGGCAGCAACGGUGUAGAGGAAUCCUCAGCAGCAGCAGCAGCAGCAGCGGCAGCAGCGGAUGCAGCUUCUGGAGCAGAACAGGCUCCAGUCACACCAGAAAGAGCUGCUGGGUCGCUAGGCCAGAGGCGCAGCAGUGGUGGUGCUAACACCGCAUGUGACCCUGCUGCUGAGGGGCUGGCUGCUGCCGUAUCGAGUGCCCUACUGCCCAUUGCCUCCAUCACUGCAGCGAUCUCAUUAGAGCCAGCUCCAGGCGCAGUGCUGCCAGAUUCACCUGAAGCACAGCUGCUGCAGGCUGCGCAAGAGGUGCUAAAUAAGGCACUCUGCUUCGAGAACGAAUGACGAAAUUCGUUCAGAUCUGUACUCUUUCGAAACAAGGGGUCUUGCAGAUUCAAGAGAGGCACUGCUGCUGCUGCUGCUGCUGCUGCUGCUGCUGCUGCUGCUGCUGCUGCUGCUGCUGCUGCUGCUGCUGCUGCUUCUGCAGGCUGCACAAGAGGCAAUUACUAAUGCAUGCUGCUUCGAAAUUGAAUCGCCCUUCCAUACUGUGGCUGCUCUCUUGUAUAUAUUCCUAAGUACACGCGACGCACACUGGCUGCAGGACGAAGGGGGCUUUCGUAGGUCAAGUUCUCAGCUUAUUGAAUUCAUGGGUGAUCGGAUCGGAUCGGAUCGGAUCGGAUCGGAUCGGAUCGGAUCGGAUCGGAUCGGAUCGGAUCGGAGCCUUGUCAUGACAUGACGCACUCUCGCUAUGGCAUGCUUCAACCUAUUGGUGCGUUCACGCGAUGCAGAGUGCUGGUUCACCCCCACCCAUUCAUCACUUUCCCGCCUUCACCCUUUGCUUCCGUUACCCAUUCCCCAAACCCCUCGUCUAUUGCGGACGCCCACUGUCUUGAUGCGGGCCAUAACAAAGUGGUAUGUAUCAA